AUGGAUCGGCCAUACACCAUCCGUCGCGUCCGCCGAGUCUUGAAUGCAAAGGCCUUCACCGACACGAUCGGUUUCAGGGACUCGCUGCAGCCCGACGAUCUCAAGGGAUUCUGGAAGGGGGUCAACUCGAAGGCAUUGACGGCGAGGGAACGCGAGGUGUGGUUCAAGCUCGUCAGGAACUUCACCCCGACUCGGAGUCUGCAGUUUCAUCAAAAGCACGACGACUCGCCCGCGUGCCUCGUCUGUGGAGCGCCCAAGGACGAUCGGGAGCACUACUUCUUCGACUGCGUUGACUCUAGGAACGUUUGGAUCGCGGCAAGGGGCGUGCUCUGCGACGCACUGGGGCUCGACACGAUCGACAACACGCAUUACACGGCCGUUCAACGCAUGUUCGGACUUCCGAAGCUCAAGGCCAGUCUGCGCGAUCAAGAAGGAGCGGGGAGGACGAUCGAAAUAUUCACCGGGCUGGUCUUGGAGAUGAUCAGCAGCGGGAGGUGGGGGAUGCAGAAGUGGGGGACGAGGAUGGAGGGUGUUGGGAGGAGGAGGAUCAUCUUGGAGGAGAGGUUGAAGCUGAGGGCGGGAGGAGAGGGCAGUAGAGGCUGGGUUCUGUUAAAUUGUGUGUCUCGAGAGGGGACUGGAUCAGCAACCAGUGAGUACACGAGACACAGUACGAGUGUUAGGGGGAAUACUAAAGAGGCUCGCGGUGCGUGGCAAGCGACGUCGGAGGGGAUGACGUCGUCUACAUGCGUUGGUACGGGGGGGGGGGGGGGGGGGGGGGGGGGGGGGGGAUUUCUGGAAGUGUCGGCUGUUGCGGCGGCAGUCGACAAGGGAGCAACCGAGGAGGGGAGUCGGUCGAAAGGCUCGCAGGAAAUCAAGUAUAACGGACUUAAUUCCCAAACGAUGGACAAGAAGAGGAGGGGCAACAAAAGAGAAGAGCGGACCAAGCUCCCGGGAAAAGGUGGUAAAACUAAAGGGAAGGGACUGUGCCAGGCCCAGAGGGGACUUAGCCAAAUCAACCACUCCAAGAGGUCGCCUCAGGGGUAAAAAGGAUUGCUCGCGGGAGCACCGGUAAAAACCCUGAAGCCGCGCCUCGGCUAACAAAAGAUAAAACAAACCGAAAGAAGACUGCGGUCUGGGCGCCUCGAACCCGCGACCACCGAGUGCGCGCCCGCGCGCCUCACGACUACGCCAUCGCACCGACGAUGCUGUGAAACGAGGCAAGCCUCUGGUCAAGUCAACUCUACCCGCACAUAGCCUUGGGGGGCUUCUUCAGCAGCACGGCUCGGGUCGAGAAGCUGUAUCGCGACUCGACGCGCUGGGGGGCAGUCGUUGCAGCGGCCAGGGUCACAGUUCCAACCAUCAAGUCCGAACUCCUUACGCUUCCCGAAUUGCUCUCGCUUCCGCCUCGCCUCCCUUCACUCUAUGCUGAAGGUGCCCAGCACGCAUAUGACGAUGCGGACGCGGUGGCGAAGUUUGCACAGAUCGCGGACCUGUACUGGAGGGACGAAGGGAAGGGAUGGGCUCUGUGUCAGGAUGACAGCGUGUACUCGAAGGAAGUCCCCCCAAGACUAUGUGCGGGUAGAGUUGACUUGACCAGAGACUUGCCUCGUUUCACAGCAUCGUCGGUGCGAUGGCGUAGUCGUGAGGCGCGCAGGCGCGCACUCGGUGGUCGCGGGUUCGAGGCGCCCAGACCGCAGUCUUCUUUCGGUUUGUUUUAUCUUUUGUUAGCCGAGGCGCGGCUUCAGGGUUUUUACCGGUGCUCCCGCGAGCAAUCCUUUUUACCCCUGAGGCGACCUCUUGGAGUGGUUGAUUUGGCUAAGUCCCCUCUGGGCCUGGCACAGUCCCUUCCCUUUAG